GUGGACACAGAACUCCACAAUGAAACUGACAUAUUAGCAUGACAUAAAAUUACUUUCUUUGUUAUGACCUCCCCCUCUCAAAGUUUUGUUGAUGCUUCCAAAUAUACAAAUUAAUAUCUUUGUUUUUGCAGGUACCAGUACAUCACCAUAUGGUUCCAUGCACACCCCAUUUCGUGACCCACAAUAUGCACAAAACGAUGUGACCAUGCAAGGUGACAACGGGCAGCUUUUGAAAGACCUUGCCAUCCAAAAGAUGACAAAAAUGCUUGCCGAAGUGCUGGUGGUUGUCAAUGAACUGUCAAGGGAUGUGCAGUUCAUCAAGGGUGAAUUGGCAGAGGCUAGAAUGACCCCAUCUUGUGGCCCAGGGCCAGCCACAAGCCAGGAAAUGUUCCCCAUCCAGCUGCCGAUCACCAACGAAGAAGACUUCAAUGAGGCCGAAACGUUGUUGGGAACUGAGCCAGUCCGACAAAAGAUGAUUGCCCGCUUGGCCUUGGUGGGAGGCACUAGCUCCACAUGUAUGGUAAGGAGGAUGCUUACAACGGUUUUGACCAACGGCCUGGCCUGCAAGUUCAAUUGGGCAGGAAAAACCUGCACACAAAGGGAUGCCAAGCAGCCCUUCAAAGACACAGCCCUGCAAGACUGCAUGUUUGUUGCUUCUCGGCAGUGUGACCGCAAACUCACACAGCAGGCCUUCAGCGACAUUGUGAAAAAUUGGCUACGUUACGCCCCUUGGCGUGCAGGAGGCAUCAACAAAAAUGUCCUCUUCAUAUGGGCUAUGGCCCUUGUUGGUCGGUGAUUACACAUGUGAUUACACUAAUUCGCCUUUUCUUGUUGGUAUCUUUUGUGGUGAAGGCAAGCCAAAGAUUCUUUCAGUACCUUCAACAAUUUGAUUAUUUAAUUUUUUUUUUCUAAUAAAUGUUUUUAUCACUAAAAUCUAAAUGAAUCCAAAAUGUGUCUGUUGUUAUUAUACAGUUAGUCCUAUUGUUGGCGGCAUAGUCUUACUGCUAAAUAGAGUGUAUUUCAAUGGAGGUUGAUGUUGAUUGUUCUGCAAGCUAAAAUGGCCAUCACUCAUUGUAA